CAUGGAGCGCGGUAGCUGCACACCUUCGUACAGCUCCUCCUGCUCUUCCGAGGAGACGCUGACGGGCUCGGAGGAGGACGACCUGCCGUUCCCGGGGUUCGCACCCGUCACCUUCCGCCGUCUGGAGCAGACGCACCCGCUGCGCCACAUCUGUCUGCGGAUGAUCACCAAUCCGUGGUUCGAGAGGGUGACGAUGCUGGUGAUCUUCAUCAACUGCGUCACCCUGGGCAUGUACCAGCCGUGCGAGGACGCCAAGUGCGCCAGCAGCCGCUGCAGACUCCUGGAGGUUGGUGACGACAUCAUUUACGCCUAUUUUCUGGUGGAGAUGUUGAUCAAGAUGGUGGCGAUGGGUGUGUAUGGCGAGAGGACCUAUCUGGCUGAGAGUUGGAACCGGCUCGACUUUUUCAUCGUGGCUGCCGGUCUGAUCGAGUACUGCUUAAACGUGGAAAACAUGGACCUGUCGGCCAUCCGCACAAUACGGGUACUGCGACCUCUACGAGCCAUUAACCGGAUUCCCAGUAUGAGAAUUCUAGUGAUGCUGCUGCUGGACACGCUGCCCAUGCUAGGCAACGUGCUGCUGCUGUGUUUCUUCGUGUUCUUCAUUUUCGGCAUCGUGGGCGUGCAGCUGUGGGCUGGCAUCCUCCGGCAGCGGUGCUUUCUCCAGCUGCCGCCAAACGUGUCGUACGCGGGGUCCAUAUCGUCCUACUACCGGACCAACGAACAGGAGAAGGACUACAUCUGCUCGCUGGGGAAGGACAACGGUUUACACACCUGCGACAAUCUGCCUCCCACCAAGAUCGAAGGCAGGGAGUGUGGAACGCCAGCGCGACAGCACAACCCUAACGUGCCCACGAACGGGUCGUGUGUCAACUGGAACCAGUACUACACCGAGUGUCGAGCCGGCGACAAGAACCCCUUUCAGGGGGCCAUGUCCUUCGACAACAUCGGCCUCGCGUGGGUGGCCAUAUUCUUGGUGAUAAGCUUGGAGGGGUGGACGGACAUCAUGUACUACAUUCAGGACGCACACAGCUUUUGGGACUUCAUCUACUUUGUCUUGCUCAUCGUGAUCGGGUCGUUCUUCAUGAUCAACCUCUGCCUGGUCGUCAUCGCCACGCAGUUCUCAGAGACGAAGAAGCGGGAAACGGAGCGCAUGCGUCUGGAGCGGGCGCGCUUCCAGAGCACAUCCACCCUGGGCAGCUCGCUGGAGAACGCCGGCUGCUACGCCGAGAUCCUGCGCUACAUCGCGCACGUGUGGCGCCGGCUGCGGCGCCGGCUGCGCUGGCGCUGGCGGCGCUGGCGGCGCAAGCCGCCCACGCGCUUCAGUCUGCGCCGGCGCCGGGGCGGCGCGCCCGGCAACAACAACGACUACUGUGAUAGUAAGGACGAGUGGGCGCCGCGCGCCAGUCCCGAGGCGUCGGACGUGGACCCGCUGUCAACGCCGCGCCACCCGGAGCUGCGCCGGCUGCGCAGCUCCGUGUUUCCGCGCGUCAGCCAGUCGGCCGACAGGGGCCCGCUGACCUGUACCGAGCUGCUCGCCAUCAGCGGGGCGCUCAGCGCGGCGCUGCCGCGCGGCCGCGGCGGCAUCAAACGCUUCAUCGAGCACUCGUACUGCCAGAAAGGUAUCCUGCUGGCCAUCAUGAUCAACACGCUGAGCAUGGGUGUCGAGUUUCACAACCAGCCCGAAUGGCUGACGUCCGUCGUCGAGAUCAGCAACAUCAUUUUCUCGGCUAUCUUCGCUCUGGAGAUGCUGCUCAAGCUGAUCGCCGUCGGCUUCUACGGGUACAUCAGCAACGGCUUCAACGUUUUCGAUGGCCUCAUCGUCAUCAUCAGCGCCAUGGACCUGUACAAGUCGCAGUUUAGCGAGACGGGCGAGGGCGGCUCGAGCCUCUCGGUCCUGCGCACGUUCCGCCUGCUGCGAAUUCUGAAGCUGGUCCGCUUUCUGCCGAACUUGCGACGGCAGCUUCUCGUCAUGCUCAAGACCAUGGACAACGUCGCCAUCUUCUUCUCCCUCCUCAUCCUGUUUAUCUUCAUCUUCAGUAUAUUGGGGAUGAACCUGUUUGGGUGUAGGUUCUGUAGGAAGGACGCCGCCGGACAAGUGACGUGUGAUCGUAAAAACUUCGACUCCCUCCUGUGGGCCUGCAUCACAGUCUUCCAGAUACUGACGCAGGAGGAUUGGAAUGUGGUGCUGUUCAAUGGUAUGGAGCGCACGAGUCCGUGGGCAGCACUCUACUUUGUGGCUCUCAUGACCUUCGGCAACUACGUCCUCUUCAACCUGCUGGUGGCCAUCUUGGUGGAAGGGUUCUCAUCAGAGCGGCACGAGCGUGCUGAGCGCCAGGAGCGGGAACGGCUGCGGGCGCUGCGACGCCAGGGCCGGCGGCGGCGGCGGAGCCAUCUGAGCCACCUGAGCUCGGGCAGCGGGCCGGAGCGCGCCGCUGACCCGGAGCUGGGCUGCUCGCUGUCGCUCGAGUGUCGCGGCGACCGGCGCAGGAUGGCAGACGUGAGCUGCCUGUCGGCGCCGCCGGAGAUCCUGAUGCCGCCCAUCAUCACCCGGACGGCGGCUACGCCUCAGUCGUCGCCGCACGCUACGCUGGAGAGCCGCCACAGUCACCGACACGUGCAGCUGACACAGACGCCGACGCCGGCUCAGGUGAUAAGCUUGGAGGGGUGGACGGACAUCAUGUACUACAUUCAGGACGCACACAGCUUUUGGGACUUCAUCUACUUUGUCUUGCUCAUCGUGAUCGGGUCGUUCUUCAUGAUCAACCUCUGCCUGGUCGUCAUCGCCACGCAGUUCUCAGAGACGAAGAAGCGGGAAACGGAGCGCAUGCGUCUGGAGCGGGCGCGCUUCCAGAGCACAUCCACCCUGGGCAGCUCGCUGGAGAACGCCGGCUGCUACGCCGAGAUCCUGCGCUACAUCGCGCACGUGUGGCGGCGGCUGCGGCGCCGGCUGCGCUGGCGCUGGCGGCGCUGGCGGCGCAAGCCGCCCACGCGCUUCAGUCUGCGCCGGCGCCGGGGCGGCGCGCCCGGCAACAACAACGACUACUGUGAUAGUAAGGACGAGUGGGCGCCGCGCGCCAGUCCCGAGGCGUCGGACGUGGACCCGCUGUCAACCGAGGCGAGCUGGAGUGGCGCCAGCGAGUCGGACUGGUCGUCGGACGAGUCGGACUGGUCGGAGGCGCCGCCGCGGCCGCCGCCAUGCCCGCGCCUGCGCGAGGCGGUGCGCCGCGGCCGCGGCGGCAUCAAACGCUUCAUCGAGCACUCGUACUGCCAGAAAGGUAUCCUGCUGGCCAUCAUGAUCAACACGCUGAGCAUGGGUGUCGAGUUUCACAACCAGCCCGAAUGGCUGACGUCCGUCGUCGAGAUCAGCAACAUCAUUUUCUCGGCUAUCUUCGCUCUGGAGAUGCUGCUCAAGCUGAUCGCCGUCGGCUUCUACGGGUACAUCAGCAACGGCUUCAACGUUUUCGAUGGCCUCAUCGUCAUCAUCAGCGCCAUGGACCUGUACAAGUCGCAGUUUAGCGAGACGGGCGAGGGCGGCUCGAGCCUCUCGGUCCUGCGCACGUUCCGCCUGCUGCGAAUUCUGAAGCUGGUCCGCUUUCUGCCGAACUUGCGACGGCAGCUUCUCGUCAUGCUCAAGACCAUGGACAACGUCGCCAUCUUCUUCUCCCUCCUCAUCCUGUUUAUCUUCAUCUUCAGUAUAUUGGGGAUGAACCUGUUUGGGUGUAGGUUCUGUAGGAAGGACGCCGCCGGACAAGUGACGUGUGAUCGUAAAAACUUCGACUCCCUCCUGUGGGCCUGCAUCACAGUCUUCCAGUUUUGCAUGCGCCGUGACGGCUCGGGCGCAUGCCUCUGCGGCCGUCUGGCUGAUCACGACCCGCUCUGCGCCUGCCAGCGGAAGAACUUCGACAACUUCCUCUGGGCCACGGUCACGGUGUUCCAGGUAAAGGCUACCGCGGCCGCGAUACUGACGCAGGAGGAUUGGAAUGUGGUGCUGUUCAAUGGUAUGGAGCGCACGAGUCCGUGGGCAGCACUCUACUUUGUGGCUCUCAUGACCUUCGGCAACUACGUCCUCUUCAACCUGCUGGUGGCCAUCUUGGUGGAAGGGUUCUCAUCAGAGCGGCACGAGCGUGCUGAGCGCCAGGAGCGGGAACGGCUGCGGGCGCUGCGACGCCAGGGCCGGCGGCGGCGGCGGAGCCAUCUGAGCCACCUGAGCUCGGGCAGCGGGCCGGAGCGCGCCGCUGACCCGGAGCUGGGCUGCUCGCUGUCGCUCGAGUGUCGCGGCGACCGGCGCAGGAUGGCAGGUGGGCUGCGACACUGGGGCCGGGCGGGGCUUCGCCCGGGCCUCGCCUCCAUGUCCGUCGGCCGAGGCUGUUGCCAGAUGGCCUGA